CGUGCGCGGCGGGGUCGGGAUGGCGCUGCCGGCGCGGCGGAGUGUGGUGUUCGUGACGGGCAACGCCAAGAAGCUGGAGGAGGUCACUCAGAUCCUCGGAGACUCCUCUCCCUACACGCUGGUAGCGAAAAAAAUUGACCUGCCCGAGUACCAGGGUGAGCCGGAUGAGAUCUCCGUGCAGAAGUGCCGCGAAGCCGCCCGGCAGGUUCAGGGACCUGUUAUAGUAGAAGACACCUGCUUGUGCUUCAAUGCUCUGGGGGGGCUUCCAGGGCCAUACAUAAAAUGGUUCCUGGAGAAACUCAAACCAGAAGGCUUGUACAAGCUGCUGGCUGGGUUUGAAGACAAAUCUGCCUACGCUCUCUGUACCUUUGCAUUCAGUACUGGAAACCCGGAGGAGCCAGUGAAGCUGUUCAAAGGCCAGACUCACGGGAUGAUAGUGGAGCCCAGAGGCCCUCGAGAUUUUGGCUGGGAUCCCUGCUUUCAGCCAGAUGGCUACGACCAGACCUAUGCUGAACUGCCCAAGGCAGUGAAGAAUUCGAUCUCACACCGUUACAGAGCUUUAAGUGAACUCUCUGCCUUCUUUCUUCAGAGCAACUCAACAGUGUCCCACUCUGGCCCCAGCUAGCCUUCCUGGGCUGUGAGUGCCCUGUAUUGUCCUCAUCACAUUCAGCCCUGUGAGAGCUCAGAUCUGCUGUGGGCUGCCAUUAAAGCUGCUCCUUCUGAAGCAA